GGAACUGCACAGUCAACUUGAGUCCUGGCUCCGGACCACCUCUCUUUCAUUACUCAGGCAUAAACUGCCUCACGGGGGCGGGGCCAAGGUCUGCCCCCCCCCCCCCUCACUGGAGAGAGCGCCCUCACUCAAGAUGGCGCCUUGAGGGCUUCGAGCUUGGGGCGGAGCUGAUUGGAUGAGGGCCGUAAGACUUCCGGGAGUUUUCAAUCCGACUGUGGGACAGCUGAGAGGAGUUUGCACGUGUGUCGCGGUUCGGGUGGGCUUGAUGGAGACAGCCCCCAAGCCUGGCAGUGAUGUCCCGCCCAAGAAGAACAGACUUCAGGCCAAGAGAAAGCAGAAACCUCGGCGAUACUGGGAGGAAGAGACCGCUCCGACAGCUGCCGGAGCCUCUCCGGGUCCCCCUCGUAAACAGAAGAAGAAUCGAGAGGCCCGACCUCAGAAGCCAAAGAACGCUCCCAUCCAAAAGAAGUCUCGGUUCCCCAAGAAGCCCCAGGUCCCAAAGAAACCCCAAGAAUGGAGGAGUCCAGGCCCUCAGCGGAGCUUGUCUGGGGCCCAGGACCCGUUUGCAGGCCCCGCCCCCGUCCCUGUGGAGGUAGUUCGAAAGUUCCGUCGCAUCGACAAAUCCAAAAAGCUGCCCCGUUCCAAGUCCAAAGCCCAAAGCCGGCUUGAUGCUGCUGAAGCUGAGGAAGAGGAAAUAAGCGUCAAAGCUGCUCGUUCUGAGCUGCUGCUGGCUGAGGAACCUGGGUUUCUGGAAGGUGAGGAUGGGGAGGACACAGCAAGGAUACGCCAGGCUGACAUCGCAGAGGCUGUGGAUAUUGCAAGUGCAGCCAAGCACUUUGACUUGAACUUGAGGCAGUUUGGACCCUACAGGCUGAAUUACUCUCGAACAGGGAGGCACCUGGCUUUGGGAGGGCGACGGGGUCACGUGGCGGCCCUCGACUGGGUGACAAAGAAGCUUAUGUGCGAGAUCAACGUCAUGGAGGCGGUGCGGGACAUUCGGUUUCUGCAUUCAGAAGCACUGCUUGCUGUCGCUCAGAACCGCUGGCUUCACAUUUACGACAACCAGGGCAUCGAGCUCCACUGUGUCCGCCGCUGUGACCGCAUCACCCGGCUUGAGUUCCUGCCCUUCCACUUCCUCCUGGCCACGGCUUCAGAGACAGGGUUUCUGACCUACCUGGACGUGUCAGUGGGCAAGAUCGUGGCAGCUCUGAACGCCCGGGCUGGACGGCUCGACGUCAUGACCCAGAACCCUUACAAUGCCGUCGUCCACCUCGGACACAGCAACGGGACUGUGUCUUUAUGGAGCCCUGCAGUGAAGGAGCCGCUGGCAAAGAUUCUGUGCCACCGCGGUGGGGUGCGGGCCGUGGCAGUCGAUCCUACAGGCACGCACAUGGCUACCUCUGGCCUGGACCACCAGCUGAAGAUCUUUGACCUGCGGGGAACGUUCCAGCCCCUGAGCGCACGGACCCUGCCCCAGGGGGCGGGGCAUCUGGCCUUCUCCCAGCGUGGGCUGCUGGCCGCAGGACUGGGCGAUGUGGUCAAUGUCUGGGCAGGGCCGGGUGGGGCCGGCGCCCCCUGCCUGGAGCGGCCCUACCUCACCCACCGGCUCACUGGCCACGUGCACGGCCUGCAGUUCUGCCCCUUUGAGGAUGUGCUCGGGGUGGGACACAGCGGGGGCGUCACCAGCAUGCUGGUCCCUGGGGCUGCUGAACCCAACUUUGAUGGGCUGGAGAGUAAUCCUUACCGGAGCCGCAAGCAGCGCCAGGAGUGGGAGGUGAAGGCCCUUCUGGAGAAGGUGCCAGCAGAGCUCAUCUGCCUGGACCCCCGAGCCCUCGCAGAGGUGGAUGUGGUCUCCAUGGAGCAGGAGAAGAAGGAACGGAUCGAGAGGCUGGGCUAUGAUCCCGAGGCCAAGGCUCCUUUCCAGCCAAAGCCAAAGCAGAAGGGCCGCAGCUCCACAGCAAGUCUAGUGAAGAGGAAGAAGAAGGUCAUGGAUGAAGAACACAGGGACAAAGUCCGGCAGAGCCUUAAACAGCAGCAGCAGCAGCAGAAGCAAGAGAAGGCCAAGCCCACAGGGGCCCGGCCAUCUGCCCUGGACCGAUUUGUGCGCUGAACCCCACUCCAAGGUGGUCUGAGAACAAUGUUCUCCCACCAGUGGGGAAUGACCUGUUCCCUGGAACGUGCAGGGAGCAUCGAGCCCUCCCCGUUGGGCCAGGGGUUGGGGGGGGUGAGGGGGGUGGCCAGCUGGCUCUGGGUGGAUGGCUAUUAAAGAGGAAGGAGGGUUUUGCA